CAAAUGAGCUGAAGGCGAAUUAACAACAAUGGCUGCUUGAUGGUGUUGGUGUUGCCUAAGCAAACUGACGACGACGACGACUUCAGCCAAGUUAAUGAACAAGCCAACUACGAACUUCCAACUCUAGCCCAACUCCCAACUGCAAUUGCAAGCAAUUUAAUUAAGCGCACAAAAAGUUCAGCUAACAGCAGUUGCUGCCGCACAUAAAUCAGCAACAGUCAAAGCCAAAGGAUUUUUCGUAGGGCUAAAAGAAAGAGCGAGAGCGAGUCGCACGUGCGGGUCCGAGGUUGGCCAAUUAGUUGGCAGUGGCCAACUGCCCGUUGGCAUUAAUUUUGGCUGCAUUGAACUGAACGCGCCAAGUUAGGCGGCCAAGUUGCUGCACUGAUGACUGCCGCCAAGCGACGUGCAGCAGCAACCAACAGCAGCAGCCACAACGAGCAACACCAACACCAUCAACAUCAUCAGCAGCAGCAAGCGGAUCAAUCAGCCUAUGAGCAUGAGUAUCAGCAGCUGUUGCAGCAGCCUCAAUCGCCACAUGCCACACAGCAAUAUCAUCAAAGACAACAGCAACAUGCGCCCGCCUUACAGCAACAGCAGCAGCAACAGCAACAACAAACUUCAGCGUCGUCUUCAUUGCGCGAUUGCUCCGUCAAAUUGCCGCUGGACAUACUCUGGCUGCCCAAGUCGGCCAUGCGCCCCGUGGGCGCCGACAGCUCGCAUACGGACUGCAUACUGGUUGUGGGCGUGUCACGUCCCAAGCUGGCCGUAGUGUUCUUAACCGUCAUGCUCAUCUCACUGUUCCUCACCUUCCAUGUGCUCUACGAUAGCGCAGUGUACAACAUACAAGCGGCGCAGGCGGUGCACGAGCGGCAUCGCCUCAGCCUGGCAGCGUCAACAGCAGCAGCAGCGGCAGCAGCUCAUCCCAAUGCGAAUCAUUUGCCGGCAUUUGCCAAGCCAGCGUCAGUGGGUGUCAAUCAGCCGCAGCUAAGUCAUCCCAUGGUGUUUCCCUCAAGUCGCGUGCACUUCUCCAAAACGAGUCGUCGCUUGCCGCAGGCUUUGAUCAUUGGCGUGCGGAAGUGCGGCACGCGUGCUCUGCUCGAGAUGCUCUAUCUGCAUCCGAGAAUACAAAAGGCUGGCGGCGAGGUGCACUUCUUUGAUCGGGACGAGAACUAUCUGAAGGGAUUGGAUUGGUAUCGCAAGAAGAUGCCGCAUUCGUUUCGUGGCCAAAUUACCAUUGAGAAGAGUCCCAGUUAUUUCGUAUCGCCCGAGGUGCCGGAGCGAGUGCGUGCCAUGAAUGCGAGCAUCAAGCUGCUGCUGAUUGUGCGUGAGCCCGUAACGCGCGCCAUCUCGGACUACACGCAGCUGCGUUCACAUGCGGCCACAGCUAUAUUACCGCUUGCCGACAGCAGUCCUCCCACUCCGCCAGCUGCUGCUGCUGGCUCCGGCUACGGCCCCUCAACUGCUGCUCGCACUAAACUGCAGUCAGCACGCGGCUAUGACAAUGCGCUGGGCAGUGGCGCUGGUGGCAAGGAGACGUCCCAGCGCACACAGCGCGCACGGCGCACCGUAAUUGGAACGACAACAACAACAGCAGCAACGCCCACGACUACGCUGAGUGCGGCCCAGUUGGCUGGCAAGUCCUUUGAAGAGCUCGCCAUAUUUCCCAAUGGCACCGUCAACGAGGCAUAUCGUCCACUUAGCAUAUCCAUGUACCACAUCCAUCUGCAUCGCUGGCUCGAGGUCUUCCCACGCGAACAGCUGCUGGUCGUUAACGGUGAUCGCUUGAUUGAGGAUCCAGUGUCGCAGCUUAGGCGCAUCGAAGCGUUCUUGGGCAUUGAACAUCGCGUGAAGAGCGAACACUUUUACUUUAAUGAAACCAAAGGAUUUUACUGUUUGCGCUACGAUAAUGGCGAUCGCUGUUUGCGCGAGACCAAAGGACGCAAACAUCCGCAUGUGGAUCCAGUGGUGGUGUCCAAGCUGCGCAAGUUCUUUGCCGAGUAUAACCAACGCUUCUACGAGCUGGUGGGCGAGGAUUUGGGCUGGCCCGAGGAGUAAGCAGCACGCACAAUUCGCAAUUCGAGAAACAUGGACUGAUGGUUAAGAACUUCGAGCUACCCAACUACAACUAUACAAAUUCCAAUGUAACUGUGUGUGUGUGUGUGUGCGGAAACUGCGUGCAGAUUGGAAUAACAGUUGGGCCAUAUAUCUGCUUGCUGGCUGACAAGGCUGACAGUUCAAUUAUGCGAACUUUGGCGUUGUGCGCACUGCACAAAUUACAGCGAAAGAAAAAUCUGAACGCAGCAGCCGCCCAAUGCGACACGCCCACUGCUGCAAACAGGAAGGAGAAAGGAGUGUGUGUGCAGUCUGCCAUGAAAAUGUGUGGAAAUUGUUUAUAAAAAAAUGCAUACGCUACUAUAAAAUAAAAGAAUUACACAUGUAUAACUAUCGAAUGCAAAAUAACAAAAGCAAGCAAUAUCUACAUGACAUACGAACGUUUGAAUGUGUGUGUAAAUUAAUGUGUGUGAGUGUGUGUGUGAGCGCAUAAAGUUUAAUU